GUUUUCAAUUAAAGCCAAACAAAAACGUACGGGUAGUGUGUAAAUGUUGGAAUGAGUGCAAAACUGCAUACCAUUUGGCAAAUUUAUGAACGGUGGGCCGCUGUUGCAUCGAGACUUGGUUGAAACCGUUCAAAUAGACAUUUAAGAAUGGGUCGUUACUCAGGGAAGACAUGUCGACUGUUGACCAUGUUGUCGAUGACAGCCUCCUUCUUCUUGGUGGAGAUUAUUGUUGGUUAUGUCACAAACUCCAUCGCUCUUGUCGCCGACUCAUUCCACAUGUUGUCGGAUGUUGUUUCACUAAUAGUUGGAUUUGCAGCAGUUCGGAUUUCCAAGUGGACUACCGAGAAGAAUACAUAUGGCUGGGUGAGAGCUGAGGUGCUGGGUGCAAUGGUCAAUGCAGUGUUUCUAGUCGCUCUCUGUUUCUCCAUCCUUGUCGAGGCGCUCAAGCGUCUGGUCGAAGUAGAAAAGAUAGAUGAUCCGAAAUUGAUGCUCAUUGUCGGGGGACUGGGUCUCCUUAUAAAUAUAAUUGGAUUGAUACUCUUUCAUGACCAUGGUCACUCUCACGGAGGAGGAGGGCAUUCACAUGGAGGAGGACAUGGUCACUCACAUGGAAAAAAGUAUAAACGAGAGGAGGAAUCCCUGGUGAAGAAGGGUGGAGCCUCGAUAGCUAACAGAGACACUAUUGGGUCCAACAUGCAUCACACUAGUCAUAUAUCUAACAUGUCCAUAGUGUCCAUAGAUAUAGACAGUGAUAAUGCUGGUCCAUCCAGUGCUCAGCUGAACAUGAGGGGAGUAUUUCUACAUGUACUGGGAGAUGCUCUGGGCUCAGUGGUGGUUGUUGUGUCCGGAUUGGUCAUCUGGUUUGUAGAAGAUGACUGGAAGUAUUAUGUGGAUCCUGCUAUGAGUGUUGCAAUGGUUGUAAUCAUCCUUGCUACAACAAUACCAUUAUUGAAAGAGUCUGGGUAUAUACUUCUACAAGCUGUGCCAGAUCACAUACAACUGAGGGAAAUAGAACAGAAAAUCAAAAAGAUUGAUGGUGUAACAGACAUACAUGAAUUCCAUGUAUGGCAGCUAAGUGGUAACAAACUGAUUGCAUCUAUACAUAUGCCAAUGCAAACUUCGAAUGUUGAGGAAUUUGAUGCCAUAGCUGUGAAAGUGAAAAAUGUGUUCCACAGAGUCGGGAUCCACUCCUGCACAAUACAGCCUGAGUUUGGGGAGGCCAAAGAGGAGAGCAUCCGUCCCUGUCGAUUAGAGUGUGGACCUGACAAGACCUGUCAUCCGGAUACCUGCUGCUCCCAGCGAAAAACCAUGAAAAAACAAGAUGGAAAUUCCAAGUCUACCACAGGUGUACAGAUGUCUUCUCUUACAGAAAUCGAAGAGACAGAAAUAACAUCGCGUGGAGCAGUAUGACACAAUAUUUCUCCGGACUUAGUUCAAUAAUGUACCAAAAAUAUAAAACAAAACUUGGGUUUUAAUAUUGUCUCUACAAUAGCAGCCAUUCGAACAGAUCACUUCUCAAAGUGUUUGAAAUCUGCAGAGUUUGUAAUAUUUUUUGUUUUUCACAUGGUUAUGAAAAGUUAAGAACUAUUAUAUGAGUUAUGGAUAAAAUGAUUGGAGUAAUUAUACAGUGACAUUUCCAGCAUUAUUGGUAGCAUGUUCUGCUAUUUAUUGUAUAGCAUGGGAUGUUUGUCUUUUAUUUAUAUUCACAGUUUUCGUGGUUGUUAUGGAACCUAAAUAAUAAGUACAGCAAAAUUGGAUGAAACACUUCUAAAACUACCCACAACGUUUGUACCAUUUUAAUAACUUGAAAUCAGGAACGAAAUUGCCCACGAUAAUUUCAUGUUUUACGGUAUAAUUUUUGAAAAUGUUUCUUCAUGGCUGAGAUUAUGACAGUUUUACAGGAUGAAAGUUCAAUAUACAUAUCAAAUUCAAUAUCAAAGUUUUUUUGUAUUUAUUCAAGAGCAUUCUGUUAUUAAGACCCCUCCAUUUCACCAUAGUUUGGUUUGUUAUGGUCUUUGAUAAAAGUCACACUUUUCUAUGUGCACUUCAUCUGUUUUUGUUUCUUUUUUUUCAAUAAUCUUGAGGAUACAUUCCAAAAACCAAAUUACACAAAGAGAAACGUCUCAUUGUUUACAAAUCCUACAUUGUCUGCACUGCCCGACACGAAGGCUUUAUUCUGUGUUUUUUGUGUUUUUGUAGUUGUUUUAUGUUUAAAUUGAUCAGAUAUGAUAAAACAACACAGUCAAUACGAGGUAUGAAUGUAUGUUUCCGAAAAAAAAGGCAUGUUGCGGAGAAGACUUCAGCUUUCACUUUGUCAGUGCAAUCGUGAUCGCUGCUUGGAUAUGCUGCCAUGACAAUGACCAAGACUGUGGUUUUACCAGUGUUGAAUCAACAAACUUGAACAAUUACAACCGAACACUUCUACACUAUACCUUAUAUCUGGAACUUAUCUGUAAAUAAUCAAUUGAAUUGAAAACGGUCCAUUCUAUUCAUCUAUCAGCAUUUGUUUGUUUAUAUAUGCAGAGUUUGAUACUUAAAACACUGAAGAGUUCCAAUACCGGACCAUGGACAUUAACACUUGCUCUAUAAAUCGUCCUAGAGCAUCCGGUUAUCCAAAAUCAAUACUUAUAAAACAGAUCAGAGCGUGAAGAUAUUUGUAUGUGAACAACGAAAAGUGCUGUACCUUCUUAUGAAAUUAGUCAAUUAAUUGGCACUUUGUCAAUUAAUGCCAGUUUCUAACAUCGUUUAAUAACUCUACAUGUAUAAAUAGAAGAAUGUACAGCAAGUGUAUCACGUUUAUUUCUACGAAAAAUAUUUUAAUCGGGUGCUCUGGCCAUACUUUCGUGCCGGUCACAUGGCCACUCGAGACCACAAGGACUGGAGAAAACAUCCAGAUAAGGACGUUGAACAUUGAAAAUGCAUGAAACUGAGGAGGAAUUAUUAAAUAAUGUAUUUAUUUUAAAACAUAAUGAUUUUUGUUCUGUUCAAUAAAAAUUAUUGUAAAUGCAACAUUAACCCACAUGCGUUGUAUCAGAAGAUCUGGAAUUUGAGGAUUUCAACAGCGUAUUUAUAAAAGGUGUUGCUGGAGAAGUCUGAUAACUGAUAAAGAACUGACAUCAGGUGUCAACUAUUUCAGUCGCUUAUAAAUAAUAUACAACGUUUAAGGUGAUUUAGUUUUCUUAAUGAUCUAACUGGUAAACUUUCUACUUAAACAUGAAAUGUGCAGGAGAACGUUUUUUUUUUUUCUUAAUAUAUGUUUAAUUCAAAGAUUACUUAUUGAUAAGUGCUUUACCUCUCAUUUCAUGCUGUUUACCAAUAUGUUGAAUAUUUUAGUAAAUUAUGAUAUAUAAAUGUACCUUGUAAUAUUAAAAACAAAAAAAAUGUGAAAAAUCUGGCUGGAAGCCUUGUAAGCUGAACUGCAAGUACAUACAAAGUGAAGACACAACUGUUAUUUGUUUUUGUAUGGUUGUAACAGUGACAUAAUUUCUUUUAUCAUUCCAGAUUAUUUUUUGUCUGGCAGCUAAAUAAGUUAUUAGUUUUUCUGUUUUUGCUUAAUUCUUUAUACCUGAUAAAUCGUAGAUACCUAAAUCUGGGCACUAUUUCAAGGCAAGAAUGAAACAUUUUUUACUCAUCAUCUCGCCUCCCCUAUCAACGGAAAUCUAUAAAACCCAUUAUUACUGCUGCUAUUUUGUGUGUGAGUGGGGUGGGGGUGGGGCCUCAUUAAUGCUAUCCAGAUAGUAUAUUUAUAGAAUAGGUACAAAACAGGAAUCCUGUUAAGUUUGCGGAUUAGAGAAACCGGGUCACAGAGAAUAAUGUAUGUGCCUUUCUUCCGAGACACAAGCUGAGGGAUGAAUAUGUAUACACUUAUACACUGUACAUAAACAUAUAUGUGAUGAGAAAGGAUGGUGUGUCAAGGGACUUUUGGGCAUUUUUUUUUUUUUUUUUUUUCUAGCUGUGAAAUCCCAAUUGCGCUUCCAUCCAGGCCAACAAGAGUGAUGAAUACAAGUUUAUAAACCUUGAUAUUUACUUGUUGUAAAAUUGUGUAUUUAUUUGUUAAACAAAUCCUGUCAGAUAGGAAAAGACGUUCUUUAUAGCAUAAUUUCUGAAAGCUUUGUGAAAGCAAAUUGGUUUAUAUGUAGGUCUGUGUUUUGAUUAAUAAACGAUUUUAAAAUAAUUUAUUUUAAUUUUAGACCAGUCAUGUAUAUAUACAGUGUAUAUAUAUAUGAAGUGCUUGUUUAUACAUAUUUGCAUUUGAAGGGCCUGAUUAUAAUAUUAUGUAAAUGGCUGACCUUUUUAAAAAGUACUUGUGAAGGGCCUGCUUUUAUUUACUGAUACAACCUUAAUAUGUGACUGUUUACUUUACGGGUUGUGUUGGCCUUGGACCAAAAAUAUUGGUUGAGGGUAAACUUGUGUCGCAAUAAAUAUAUUAAUAUGCAUGUUCAAUCUUUAUUGUUUCUAGUGCCAGGUCAUAAGUGAGGAGUUUAACAGCUGUAUGGUUAUGCUCUCUUGUAAUGUAUCUAUUAUGGGGAUGAAGAUUGUUGAUAUUUUUGUUAUUAUCUAGUUCAAAAUCUGUUUACUUUUUGUGAAUUUAGUCAUUUAAAACAUCCAGAUGCCAAAUUUUCAAGUGGUGUUUUUUGUGUUUAUAAAACAUUUGGUUUCUAGCGUUUGCGUCACAAUUAUUCUGUCAUGAAAUUAGUCUUCUUAGACUGACAUUACUUUUAUAAGUUUCGAAAAAUUUCUAUCAAAGUACAAAAACUGAGUGAAAUGGUGCUAUGGUUUCAACAAUUCAGCAGCUAAUUCUGCUUCUUUUUCUUUUUUUUUUUUUUUAUUUGGAAUUUCACAUUCCUUCACUUGUUUUAUUAAAUAAUAUGCCUUAUUCCAAACAAAUUAUUUGUCAAUUCUUAAUGCCUGUGACUCAUUUCUGUAAAUAUCAAUUUGAACAUAUUAUCAGUAACUGUGUUGACUCAGAUGUGUAUGAUAAGUGUUAUUGUAAAUACAUUGAUGUGAACAUUGAUAAGUUAUCACCAGAUAGAUAUUGUCAACAGAACAAAUGUACAUUUUUUUUAGUAUUUAUAUAUAUUUUUAUCAGUAAUGAUAUUUUGGUGUUCAUAUUGACCAACUCAUUGUGGUGUACAUUUUCUAUCUGUCCUUCUGGUAAACAGUUAUCCAACUUAUAAUUACAGCUUUGAGUACUGCUUAAAAAUGUCCCAUCAUUUUUGACACCAGGGCCACAGGGGCUUGAAAACCUCACCCUCACUAUAAAGUUACCCGUCACUAUCACUAUAGAUACCACAGGGGCCUGACAACCUCACCCUCACUAUAAAGUUACCCGUCACUUUCGCUAUAAAGUUACCACAGGGGCUUGACAACCUCAUUAUAAAGUUAACCAUCACUAUAGUUACCACAGGGGCCUGGCAACCUUGCCCUCACUAUAAAGUUACCAGUCACUAUCACAAUAGUUACCACAGGGGCCUGACAAUCUUGCCCUCACUACAAAGUUACCUCAGGGACCUAGUACUAUUACUGUAAACUUGGGACCUGAUACUCUUAGUUGUGUUACCACAGGGAUCUGACAUCUUCACUAAGGUUUGUUUGUUUUUGUUUAACGUCCUAUUAACAGCCAGGGUCAUUUAAGGACAUGCCAGGUUUUAAAGGUGGAGGAAAGCCAGAGUACCCGGAGAAAAACCACCGGCCUACGGUCAGUACCUGGCAACUGCCCAACGUAGGUUUCAAACUCGCAACCCAGAGGUGGAGGGCUAGUGUUAAAGUGUCCGGACACCUUAACCACUCGGCCACCGCAGCCCUCUUCACUAAGGUUACAACAAGGGCAACAAGGACAUCCUCACAAUAAUGACCCCUCAGGGACCUGACAUCUAACUUGAGUUAUCACUGGGCCUAACAUCCUCGUUUUAAAAUUACCAUAAGGGCCUGGCUCCCUAUUUCUACCAGGACUUGACAUUCUUGCUAUAGUCUUACCAUAGUGGCCUAUGAUGGUUAUACACGUAGUCUUCCACAUUUACCACUUCAUUUUGUCAUGCUCUGUGAUGUUUGAAAUUCUGCAUGAGCGCUUUCAUUCAUUACGCAGAUGCUUUACAUUGUUAGGGGCCGCGGUGGCUGAGUCUCGACACUUUAUCACUAGCCCUCCACCUCUGGGUUGCGAGUUCGAAACCUUCAUGGGGCAGUUGCCAGGUACUGACCGUAGGUUGGUGGUUUUUCUCCGGGUACUCCAGCUUUCCUCCACCUCCAAAACCUGGCACGUCCUUAAAUGGCACUGGCUGUUAAUAGGUUGUUAAACAAAAACAAACAAACAUUGUUAGGCUUACCUGGUUGCCUACAUUAUAAAGUAACAAAGUAAAUGUAAAACGUCUGAAGAUAUAAUGAAAGUGUUUUACAGAUCAA